AUGUAUAUUCUAUCUACCUUUGUAGUAGCCAUAGAGACGCCUUGGCAUAAACGACCAUAUCAAUUUAGAAUGCAACUCUUUUCUAGACCAGAUAACAAAGGACAAGUUCAAACUGUUCGUGCAAACAAUGACGCAUCUUCAUUCUGCCGGAAUUUGGCAUCCAAAAGAGUAGGUUCAUAUGAAUUAAAUGAUCCUUUAGUUAAAAUUACUUUUUAUCGGUCACUGGAUUGUAAAGGAGCUCCAAUAGUGACUUAUCAUCCACAAGAAUCAAUAACAAGAAAGAGUCGUGUCAUGAUUAAAGCAAAAUCUUUUUCUAUUACAAAAGUUAAACCUAUUAGAUUAAGAUAA